CGGGUCUACAAAAGCGUCUGCCGGAUUGCCUGCGUACCGCGCUUCCGGACGGGUCUCCUUCGACGUGAGCUGCGGUGCAUCACCCCCGGCGUCGAGGGUACACGGUGACGUGUUCGUGUGUGAACACGUACGACAAAUGAAGAGGGCCUUCCAUCACGUCCGCUGAGUAAAGCAUCAUCGUUGGAUUACCAGUAGUAUGGAAAUCGGAUCCUAGUCUGUCGUGGGUAAAUGGCUGGUAUUGUUCGUCGUACAAAAAAUCGUAAUCGUAUCUGUAGCAGCGCUCUGAAUAUGUGAUCUACCCGAGCUUAGAUGCUGCGCUGAUCCAUAAACACGCGGCGACAAAGACUAUGAUUUGGAAUUCCUGGUUAGAUUUUUCCAAAGCACGCGAGGGGAACGCGACAGUUCCCAAAGACCCAAACGAAAAGACCAAGAACUCAAGGCUAGAUCUGUUACCAGCCACUGCCUAGUUGUUCCGAAGCUCGAUCGUCUUCGCCACUGCCUUACCCUGUUGGCGAAGAGAAAGAUAGCGAGCAGAGGAUGUUCAAAGCCGUGCAGCUCGUUCUCAGGGAGACGAGCAGAGUUCAUGGGUUGACGGCGUCAGGUUUCGUCAAUGGCUUCUCCACGGCUCCGAACUCUCAAAGGUUAGCUGGUAAGGUGGCGGUGAUCACCGGCGCCGCGAGCGGCAUUGGCAAGGUGACGGCCAUGGAGUUCAUCAGGAACGGCGCCAAGGUCAUCAUCGCCGACGUGCAGGACGACCUGGGCCGCUCGGUUGCCGCGGAGGUUGGCCCGGGCGUGGCCUACCUCCGUUGCGACGUCUCCGAUGAGGCGCAGAUCGCCGCGGCAGUGGACCAUGCCGUGGAGCGGCAUGGACACCUGGACAUCCUCUACAGCAACGCUGGCAUGUCCGGGUCCGUGACGCAGACCGCCGUGGGCGCCCUGGACCUCGCCGACUUCGACCGCGUGAUGGCGGUGAACGCGCGUUCGGCGGUCGCGUGCAUCAAGCACGGCGUGCGCGUCAUGGCACCGCGCCGCCGCGGCAGCAUCCUCUGCACGGCCAGCGUCAUGGGCGUGCUCACCUUCGGCGCCCCGGCCCUCGCGUACGCCAUCUCUAAGGCCACCGUCAUUGCCGCGGUGCGCGCGGCCGCGGGACCUCUGGCGCGGGAUGGCGUGCGGGUGAACGCCAUCUCGCCGCACGCCCUCGUGACGCCGCUGACGUUGCGGUCGAUGGCAGAGAUGUGCCCCGGCAUGGACGAGGCGGCGCUGAGGCGGGUGGUGGAGACGGACUGGAGCGAGCUGGACGGGGCCGUGCUGGAAGCGGAGGACGUGGCGAGGGCGGCGCUGUACCUGGCGUCGGACGAGGCCAAGUUCGUCACCGGGCACAACCUGCUCGUCGACGGCGGGUUCACCGCGCACAAGGCUGUCGGCAUGCCGUCCGUGGCGCGUUGA